AUGUGGGACGCCAUCCCUGGACUGUCCACCGCUCCCGAGCGCUCCACUGCCGCCAGACCUAACGCUCCCGUGCUGACUGACACUCUUGCCGGAGUGUCAGUACUAUUCCAUCUACAGACAGCCGGGAAGCAAGCAUGGUCUGCAGCCCUGAACACCGCUCCAUGCUCCCCUGCCAUCGGACCCAGCGGCACGGAAUAUCAACUGCGCCCCCCUGCCAUCGGGGUUCCAAGGGAGACGGGAGACUGCAGCGUGCCCCCCCCCACCACCACCACCACCAUUGGGGCACAAGAGAAGUACAAGGCUGUGAUAUACAACAAAGAACCACGAGCCACCAGAAGCAGUGACACAUUGGUUACAAUAAAAUCCAACAAGAAAAGUCCAGAGAAACUGAACCUCAUCCUCCAUAAUAACCCAAUCACAGCUCUGAAUAUGCAGAAUAACAAUUCUAAUACAGUGACCAAGAUUCUGCUCUUAGGAUUUCAGGAUUUACACAGUUUUAAGAUUCCUUUCUUCCUCCUCCUUCUGCUGAUCUUCUGUGUGACCAUCUGUGGGAACCUCCUGAUCAUUGUGGUGGUGUCCUACAGCCGAUCCCUCCACUCCCCCAUGUACUUCUUCCUCACACAGCUCUCCUUCUCAGAUAUCCUUCUCUCCACCACUAUAGUACCCAACAUGCUCCAUGUUGUGUUGUAUGAAGGACGUUCUCUGCCCUUUAUCGACUGUUUUAUACAAUUUUAUUUUUUUACUGCCUCAGAAACAUUAGAAUGUCUUCUCCUGACGGUGAUGUCCUAUGACCGGUAUCAGGCCAUCUGUAACCCUCUACAUUACUCCUCUGUUAUGGACCUUACAUUUUGUCUAAAAGCUGUUCUCUUGUGUUGGGUGAUGAUGUUGACUGUUUCAUUGACUCUUCUGGUAACGAUAAGACAACUACAGUUCUGUGGACCAAACAUCAUUGACCAUUUCUUCUGUGAUUUCGAUCCCAUUCUAGAACUUUCCUGCUCUGAUACUUUUUAUAUGAAAUUAGUAGACAUGAUCCUGGCUGCGCCAUUUGUAAUUUGUCCAUUUAUGGCGAUUAUGGUCUCAUAUAUUUAUAUUAUCGUCACCAUACUGAAGAUCCCAUCUACAACCGGGAGGCAGAAGACCUUCUCCACGUGUAGCUCUCACCUAUCCGUGGUCUCCUUAUAUUAUGGAUCCCUGAUCUGCAUCUAUUUAUUUCCAAAUAUGGGAAAUGUAAAGAAGAUCCUCUCCAUGUUCUACACUGUAGUUACUCCGCUUCUCAAUCCUAUGAUCUACAGUCUGAGUAAUAGAGAGAUUAAACAGGCCUUUAAAAAGCUCAAGAGCAAAAUAUCUUCUUCCUGUCAAAUUACUUAA